AACGUGAUGUACCGGGAACUUUACAACAUCACCACUACAAAAAUAAUGAUCCUGGGUGGAGGGUGUUCUGUAGCUACAGAGCCAACGGCUCUCGUCUCACAUCAUUGGAAUUUAAUACAAUUGUCUUAUGGUGCCUCGUCCCCAGAGCUGUCCAAGCGCCUCCUCUAUCCCCGUUUCUUCCGGCUAUUCCCAACAGAGUCGCUCUUCAACGUGGUUUGGCUGGCCGCUAUGGAGAAAUUCAACUGGACUAAAGUGGCCACUCUCUACCAAUCUAUCGACCUCUUCUCCUUGGCAAUGGCCGAUUUCCAGCGGGACGCCAAGGCUGCAGGUAUUGAAAUCCUUGCCGCCGAGAGCUUCGUCGACGAUCCAGUUCUACAUGUAGAAAACAUCAAGAAAAGCGGAGCCCGUAUCAUUAUGGGCAAUUUCUAUAGUGACAUGGCCAUACGCGUGUUCUGUACGGCUUACCACCAAAAGAUGUACGGUGCCAAGUACGUGUGGUUUGUACCAGGUUGGUACAAGGCAAGAUGGUGGCGGGAACCGGACAGUUCCAUAGACUGUACGAAGGAUCAAAUGGAUGUGGUAGUUGACAACGUCUUCACGGUCAACAUCAACGCGCUGCCAACGGAAAACCGAAAGCCGUCAGAGACUGGCCUGACGCCCAAAACAUUUAAGGAGAAGUUCAACGACUUCUAUGGGGACGGUGCGGAAUCGUUGGCUGGUUACACGACGUGCUCAUUGGGUUACGACACGGUUUGGGCAAUCGCCUUUGCUCUCCAGGACACCGAGAGGCAACUUAGAUCCCAGGAUCCACCAAGAAAGUUAUCUGAUUUUACAUACAGCGAUAAUGUAACCUUGGAGAUCCUUUUUGAUAAAAUGAGCGACAUGGAGUUCGAAGGAGUAUCGGGGCCAGUUCAAUUCGACCGCAAUGGCGAUAGGAUCUGUUUGCUAAAUCUGCAUCAAAUCAAAGACCUCGAGUCUAUUCUUGUUGGUAUUGUGGACACAACCACUGGUACACGAAAAGAGCUGAGUUUGAACGGUUACCAUCCAAUACAUUGGCCAGGUGGUGAGCCCCCCAUCGAUUUCAUCAUCGAAAGGGAAGUGCGACAAACAAUCUUGUAUCCUGUGUUUGUGACGGGCACUGUGUUUGCAACGCUGGGUAUUUUACUGGCUGGUUUCUUCCUAGCUUUCAAUAUUCAUUACAGAACUAGACGAGUGAUCAAGAUGUCGAGCCCCAACAUCAACAACUUGAUGCUGAUUGGUGGAAUGCUAGCCUAUAUCUCUAUCAUCUUCCAAGGAGUGGAUACGGCCAUAGCAUCCACUGACACAUUUAUGUGGAUGUGUAAGUCAAAGACGUGGCUUCUUGCGAUUGGCUUUUCAACUGCCUUUGGGGCGAUGUUUAGUAAAACGUGGCGGGUGCACAAGAUUUUCAACAACAAGACUGCAAUGAAGUUGGUCGUGAAAGACAGCAAACUGUUCAUCUUUAUAGCUGCACUAAUAAUCCUUGAUGUCAUUAUACUCAUUUUAUGGAAUUCUACCGACUCUGUGCGUGCUAACUUGAUACAUGGCCAAGAAGUGGUUGAUCCCGAGAAUGAUGACAUUGUUUACAAGCCGAUCCGUGUGUUAUGUGCGUCUCGCAACCAGACCUACUGGGUCGUUGCCUUCUACAUCAUCAAUGGCAUUCUGCUGUUAGUCGGAGCUAUUCUGGCCUGGGAGACUAGAAAUGUCUCCAUUCCAGCUCUGAACGACUCUAAAUAUAUUGGUGUCUGUGUCUAUAAUGUCUUGAUCUUAUCUAUCGUUGGUGUGACGGUUUCCUACGUUGUGGAGGAGCAAAAUGUUCUGUAUGCUCUCACGGCCUUUUUCAUCUGGCUGGCAACUACCUUAACACUGUGUGUUCUGUUCAUCCCAAAGAUACGGAUGCGAAAUGAUGUCCGCCCAGCGCAGAACCCCAUCGUCUCCCAUGCAGCCAGAGACGAGGGGAACGCAAAUACGUCAGAGUUGGAGAGGCAGCUUCAAGAACUUCGUCAGGAAGUAAUCCGGUUGAAGGAGGAAAAUACGAAGCCGGACCCUGAAGAAAGUCCCAGGCAGAUUCAGAGAGAUGCUGCCCAGAUGCACUCUAGGCUUGUGACGACGGAUUCCAGUUUGCAGAAAACCCAUUGAUGGUUGACAAUAGCCUAUAGAUACAGUCUACAAUGGUGUAUAAAACAGUUGGAGAAUUUCUUGACUCAUCGCCCACUUUUUUGGGGGGGGGAUGGUUACAGAGUAGGCCUAUCUUUGAGUACAUUUGCUUGCAGUAACAUCCAGUUCCCUCAUCGAGAACUUUAUUUUACUUGACAAUUUUUAUUUAUUCCAGAUUUUUACAACACAUUGCAAAUCAUACCUCCAGAAAUGACUAUAUUUGCAUGUAUCUUAGCCUUUGAGACAUCUUGUUGUGGUGUAUAUACAUGGCCAAUUAUAUUGGCAGUUUGACAGAUGCAUAUUGUAUGUGUUAGUUGGGUUCCAGUUUCCAUUCUAUUCUGUUCUGUAUUGAAAAUGUACCUAAAGAUAGCGGGCUUUAUCAACACAAUGAGUUAGUCUCGGUGAAAGCGCAGAAGCCAUCUCAAGAUGUCACAGAGCGUAAAAAACAUUUGCAAAAAGCCCUAAGAAGCAGAUGACACUUUUGACUUUACAAAAUACCAUUGAGUCAUCAAAGUUAAACAUUCCAAUAAAACAAGAAAGACACAGUGACAAACAAUUGUAAACCCAGAUGGAAUUUCACGCUAUCCAUGGUGAAGGACAGCAACAGGUGGAAUUAAAGGCUUUCGAUAGAAACAUGCGAAGGAAUAAGAGAGAUAUAUUCCUUCGCAAGGUGCAACCGCAAGCCUUUCCACCUGUUAAUUGUAAACACCUCAUCCCAAACUGUAAGAUUUAUAGCGAUUGCUUGCUUUGUUUUUAUUUUUUCCCCUGCGACAUUUUAAUCUGAAUGUUUCGCGGAACACCAUCGAUCAGUAGAACACAACUACAUAUGCACGUACGCAAAAUUGGACGAGUCCGUUGAGCCUUUUGGACACAUUGUGUGACAGUCUUCUCCUCAAACGGCAAGAAAUAGAUCAGCAGAGAAUGUAGUCGGGAUCGUAAUAAAAUUUGGGAACAGAAACAGAAUUUUCAAAAUUAGAAACAAGGCCUCAGCCUUGUUUCUAAUUUUGGAAAAUAUCACCGAAAAACCAAGGUAAACCACAUCGAUCAAGAUAGAGCCGUGGAGUUGGAAAAGGCACUGAUGUACAAACUAUGAACAAAUGACACGCACCAAAAUGAUAAUCGUGUCCCUAAAUGACUUGAUGCAACAUGCUGAUGGUUUUGAAUUUUUAGAGCUUGAUCCAAACGAGAUGCACAACUUGGACUGUACACGUUCAUUAUGUAAUGGAAGAUUAUAAAAAAUAAUGAAAGGUUAUUAGUAUAGUUGUGCUUGGAAAGUCACUUGCAUAAUUGUAAUAAGCCGCGUGGGUUCUAACACGUGUGGUGAGUAGACUGAUGUGAGAACGGAAUAGCCCCACUACAUGUAGUGUCACGGUGGCACGGACCCUUGCUCCCGCUCCAUCCUUAGCCACA